AGCAAUUGUGACUAAUAGUUUGGAUUGACUGCAAAGUGUUGCCAGUAUAGGGAGAGAAAAAUAAAAUCUAAAUGACAAUAGGGCGUACUGACAAUAACCUCUAGUUAACCUAGUCAGUGGGCCCGCUAGUAAUACCAACCGCAUAUAUUUAGACGAUGUUAUAGCCAAUGAACGAAAUCAGCACUCCGUAUCUGCCUCAACAACACCGCCUAUAUUGUCACAUCGUAUCCAUCUGUGGCCAGAUUCUCUUCAAUAAUGUCUACUCUAGUCGGACAUCCCGGUGAGCUUUCGCUUGCAACGCUCCUCGCAACACUCACAACCACGCUACAUCCAGCCACCUACGUCUUCGCGGUGGUCCAAGACGAAUCCAAACUACCGCCAUUCUCAAAGGUGCAAAUGUUGUUUCGCGAAGCCGAAUCCGAAGGAGUCACCGUCAUUCUGACCCGCGAGGACGCAGAGGCCUAUAGCCUGGAAUACUGCUUUCCUUGCAGAAAGAUCACCAUCAACGUCACGUCAAGCCUAGACGCGGUAGGGUUUAUAGCUGUUGUGGCCACUCGACUUGCCGCGAACAACAUGGGUGUGAACCCCGUUAGCGGGUUCUAUCACGACCAUCUUUUUGUGCCUGAAGGAAGGGAAGAAUAUGCCAUAACUGUCAUAGCCGAAUUGGCCGAGGAGAAGAGAAAAGAAAUUGAAACCUAGGUUGAGGUCGUGGGUAGCUGAUCAGCACUGCGAGGCCCACGAAUCUUAUUCUGGCAACUUGACAACUAGGAAAUGCCAGGCACAACCAAAACAACAUCAAACAGCAAAGUGGCAAUUGACGCCAAUCGAAUUAACCCAGACUAGGCAAGUUCUAGUAUAGUCACCGACCCCUCCGGCAAAUGGAAAUGCAGUACGAACUCCC